UUAAAAUCCAAUUAAUUAAGCAAAUAAUUUAUAAAAAAUAAUAACAAAAUUUUUUUGCAAAAACAAUAAAAAUAUUAAAAUAGCUUAUUUCAUAUUUGGCAACAUGCAUAUCAGCAAAAGGGAUCAGAGUUCUUUUACAAAUCCAGAAUUCUUUUAUUUAAAAGGAGUAUUUGGGAAAAAGUUCUACUUUUUGAGCGAGACAGUGCUCUAUGAAUAUCCUUCUGAAGUAUAUUUUAAUGCACACUAAGAUUAACCAUCAAAUAUAUACAACUUAAUUGAGUAUACAUUUUAGCCUGAUUAAAAAGGGCUUUCAGUCUAACCUAAAGAUCCUAAAAAGAGUGUUAGAGGAACAUUAAUGGAGACUCUUGAAAUGUAGAAUGCUAUAGAUUGGAUGAACUGUAUAAAUCAUAAUGUGAGAAGGAGAGAUAACUAUUACAUAGAUAUCAUUAGAUAAAAUAAAAAAAUAAUUUUCAAUAAUUACUAAAAUUUAGAAUAUAAUAUGGAGAAUAUUAUGGAAUAAGAUCUUAAGACUAAUUAGAGUGCAAAUCAAACUAUUUAAUUUGAUUAGAAGAUAAAGCAAUUCAAAAAAAUAGAUUAAGCUUGGAUGUCUAAAGUAGUUGAUAAAUUUAUAAAAGGAAUGGAAAGCAGCAAUCAUUUCAAAAAACAUAGCGAAAAUAUUUAAUUGAUGAAGAAGUUGCUGUAGAUGCAAAAUAAAAAUUACUUAGUAGAAAAAGACUAAUAACUAAUAAAAGAAUUAGAUUCUAUUAUUGACUUGUUUAAUAUCUAAAUGAUGGACUAAUUUUAUAAAAAAGAGCAUAUUAGGUCCUUAAUCAAAUCAAAAACAUAUUACAGCAACUAUACUUUCAUGCUUUAUGAGUUUAUUUCACAAAUUUAAAAAUUGAUUAUCUAUGAGAUGGAAAAUAACAACAUGAAAUAUACUCGAGAUCUCUUAUGCUCUUAAGAAAAACUUAUCAGAAAUUCUAUCAAUGAUUUAGAAUCAGUUGUGAAAACAUUACUAGAUGAAUACAAUUCAUCUUAUUCAGUAGCUCUCACAGAAGACAUUAAACAUGCUUUGAUUAAGGUUUUUAAAUUCUUUUAGAAUGAAAUCGACUGUUUCCUAACCUAUAUAAACUAUUUUAUUCAAGAAAUUUUCAAAAGUGCUUACUAGCUAAAUUAGGUCAACUACCUCCUUUAAUCCCUUAACUACCAAUAGCAGAUACAAUACAUAGGACUAGGUCAAAUUACCAUAGAAAUAUUAGAGCUCUCAAAGAAUUAAGACAAAUUUGAAAGUGAAGAGAAAUCAAAAUCUGUUUUAAAAAAAUUAUGCAACAAUUUACUUAGCUAUCAACUUCAAAUAUAAGAAAAGUUGCAUAAUUUAAUUUCAAAUAUCAUGCCAAGUAUUUUAGAAUGAAUGAAUAUAGAGAGAUAUAUUUUAUUAGAAUUUAUAUAAAAUUUUAAAUUAAUUCAUUAAAUUAUAUUAAUAUAUGUCUUUGCAUCUGCUUAUACAUUUUAUCUUUUUUAAACACUUAUAUAUAUGAUUUUUAUUUGCUCAUAA